AGGGCACCCAGACAAACCCACUUGUGGAUCAAGAUAACCAAACCACGGAGACGACGAUCACGAACCACGAAGCUGAUGACCGCCGCCGGAAAAGCGCGCCCCACACAAGCUCUCUUGACUGGACAUCAACCAAACGGCAAAUGCAACCCAAUGCAACGUUUCUAUGCUGUUCUUACUGCAUUAGACUAAUCUGUAUAUACAAUCUAACAGUGAUAACCCGAUAGCAGGACACAGGAGUAACAGCUGCAGGCAAUGCCGGCAAAAUGACCGCCCGAAGCGCGCGGUGGAUCGCAGUAGGGCGAUUACUUAAGCGCGGCACCGCACAGCCAGAAACCAAGACAUACAGCCAACAUCACUCCAGCCCCGAACAUCUCCCCCGGCAUCCAAUGUCCCAGUCUCCAACCAUGCCCCCGGAUACACUAAAGCUGGUACAAUCUGACGAUGGCGAGGCGCCGGCGCCACGCCCCGACUCCCAAAUCGACCAAGCCAUCGCCGUCAAAUACUGGAGCGACAAACCCGCAACAGUGAACGGCAUGCUUGGCGGCUACGCCCAGGUCUCGCGGACCGAUCUGCGCGGGUCCAAGGACUUUCUCGCCAAGGCUCGCCGAUUAGUGCCGGGGUGUCCAGCCAUGGGGAAGCUCAAGCGCGGCGUAGACUGCGGGGCUGGGAUUGGACGCGUGAUUAAUGAUUUUCUGGGCCAGGAGUGCGAAGUCGUUGAUGCCGUUGAGCCGGUGGAGAAGUUUUCCCGGGUUCUAAGUGAGCGGCGGCUGACGAGGAAUUGUGCGCUGGGCGAGGUGCUUACUAUCGGCAUUGAGGAUUGGGUCCCUGGGGCCAAGGUGUACGAUCUUAUCUGGGCGCAGUGGAGUGUCCCCUAUCUGACGGAUGCGCAAUUGGUUGAGUAUUUGGUGCGGUGUCGCGGCGCUCUGACAGAUGUCGGGAUUAUGAUUAUCAAAGAAAAUAUUUCCGAGGAGCCGGAGGGGGAUAUCUACGACGAGUCAGAGAGCAGCGUGACAAGGACAGAUGCCAAAUUACGAAAAUUAUUCAAAGACGCCGGAAUGCAUCUGAUUCUAUCGGAGGUGCAAUCAGGGUUUCCUCGACAAUUGAGGCUUUUACCUGUUAGAUCUUAUGCGUUACGGCCAAGGAGCUAGGUACUUUGCAGUUCAAUUGUCCAUAUUUUUGAGACUGGUGACAGUAUUGCGUGUAAUCGUCACAGUGGAAGUUUUAUCUUGGUUUUUUCUGAAUUGGUCAUAUAUUAAUAAUGACAGCCAUCGACAUCGACGACAAAAGUAAAAAAGAACCAUGUCUGCUGAUAUGCACGCAUAUAAACCAACCAACA